AUGUCGAAGCUACGGGAACAGUCGAAGGCGCUGACCGUCACCACAAAUUCUAUUCUUCUCAUUGAACAAUUCAUACUCAGUUUUGAUGCACAACGGGAUUGUGAUAAAAUAGAAUCGCGUCUCCUACGCCUCGAUCAGCUUUUUGAUCGCUAUAUGACCACAUCGAUCAGUGUUGAGGUGCUGGCAAAUGAAGAUGCCGAAAAUAAACUAGAUCUCACUAAACAAAGGGAUGAGAUGGAGAAGAAGUAUUAUUGCUUACGUGAUUUUUUACUAUCUCGAAAGCAAACUCAGGUACCGACCGCAAUUGUGCCAAUUCCCAGCCCCGUACGUUCAUCUGUCGUGCGAUUACCUAAAAUCGAUUUGCCUGUGUUCGAUGGUGAUAUGAACAAUUGGGUUCCGUUUCGAGAUGCGUACGCCGCACUCAUUCACAAUAACGAUGAGCUUGCACCAGUCGAUAAAUUCCAUUAUUUGAUGGCCGCUUUGAAAGGACCUGUGAAGAAGCUUUUGGAUACAACGAGUGUCACUACUAAUAAUUAUAAGAUCGCAUGGGAUUUACUGGUAGGACGGUUUAACAAUAAACGAUUGCUGAUAAAGAACCAUAUUGCUGCGCUGUUUGCAAUCGAACCAGUUCGACGGGAAUCAUCUGAUACGAUUUUAACUCUUGUUGAUCAAGUUGAGCGUCACGUGAAAAUUCUAACGACAUUGGGGGAAUCUACUGAAUCUUGGAGCUCGCUUUUAGUGCAUAUGAUAUGCAGUCGAUUAGACAAAGUUACUUUACGUGAAUGGGAACGUUCAACGGGAGACGUUACUGAUACAAUUCCAACUUAUGCUGAUUUGAUACGUUUUCUCCAUGUACAAUCUAGAAUUUUGCUUUCACUAGACAAUAAUACGGUAGCUGUAUAUCCCACCACAAACGAAAGGCCUCAUCAGUGUGUUGCUCACACUUCAACUGUGUCACAGGCUAGUACUAGUCGCUGUGCGGCUUGCACCCAAUUACAUCGUAUAUACGAUUGUGAAACUUUUAAAUGUAUGACACUCGAUGAAAAACAAGACAUUGUGCGCAAGAAAAGGCUUUGUUGGAAUUGUCUCUCAUUCAGUCACAUUAGUCGCGACUGUUUAUCAAAGCCUUGUUGGAAAUGUAACCAAAAGCACCACAGUUUGUUGCACCCCACCGCCACCAGUGAUCGAUAUGCACGAUCACAAGUACAAUUUGAUACCGUGGACUCGCCAUCCUCUACCAUGAAUAGUGCACCAGAAAGUACCGUAACACACCUCAAACCUGCUGGUCAUAGUGCCACCUCCACCACCGCCCUAUCAGCAUCCCUAGUUACUGAAGCUGUGCAUUCCCCCGUGUUGCUCUCUACCGCCGUAGUCAAAGUUUACGGACCUAAUGGAACGGUCACACUCGCCCGAACACUGCUGGAUUCCUGUUCUGAAGCAAAUUUUAUCACUGAGAGAAUAGUUCAAGUGCUUGGAUUGAACCGAUCCAAAAAAUCAUCGACCAUUUCCGGAAUGGGUGGUUCCACCGUCGACAGUACCCACUAUACAGUGGCCACAUUCAGCUCUGUUGACUCGUCGUUUGCAGAGACGCUCACUUUCAGUAUUCUACCCAAGAUCACGAAUGAUUUGCCUGCAAAGGCAGUUGAUAUCACUCAUUGGAACAUUCCAUCGGAUCUAAUGUUAGCCGAUCCGCAUUUCGCCUCACCGCAAAAAAUUGAUAUGGUUAUUGGUGCUCAGUUAUUCUUCAGUUUGCUGUGCAGUGGACGAAUCUGCAUUGGAAAGGGGCAGCCAAUAUUGCAACAAACGGUUCUCGGUUGGAUAGUCAGUGGUCCUGUAUCUCAGGAAGCUUGUGCAGUCCAUUCUAUAAAACGCUGA